CUUUUGCUUACAGUAUAGUCCGCGGGGCUUCAAAUUGGAGAAUUUCCUCUUUCCUCUAAAAGCCCUAGUUCUUAUACUUUGAUUUCGAGAGGAAUUCGUCGUAAUCACGCCAAUGGUGGACGAGCCAACGCCCAAGAGGCCCAAAAUUUCCAGGGGGGAUGAUGACUAUGUCCCUGGAAAUAUUAUUAAAAUUGAGAUUUGCAACUUCAUGACCUUCAGCAAACUGACCUGCAAGCCUGGUUCACGCUUAAAUUUGGUUAUUGGGCCAAAUGGCUCUGGAAAGAGUUCUCUCGUAUGUGCCAUUGCACUUGGACUUGGAGGUGAACCAUCGAUUCUUGGAAGGGCUAAGAAAAUUGGAGCUUACGUGAAACGUGGAGAGGAAUCUGGAUAUAUUGAGAUUAGUUUGAGAGGAAAGAGGAAGGAAGAACAAAUUACCAUUAUGAGGAAAAUUGAUAUCCAUAACAAAUCUGAGUGGCUGUUGAAUGGUAAAGUGGUUGGGAGAAAGGUGAUUAGCGAAGUAAUUGCAGGAUUCAAUAUCCAAGUUGAUAAUUUGACUCAAUUUCUACCACAAGACAGAGUUUGUGAGUUCGCCAAGCUGACCCCAGUACAACUCCUUGUGGAGACUGAAAAAGCUGUUGGCGAUCCUAGAUUACCUGUUCAGCAUAAUAAUCUCAUCGAGAAGAGUAAAGAGUUGAAGAAAUGUGAACGAGCUGUUGAGAGCAAUAGAGGGUCUUUGAAUCAACUGACGGCUAUGAAUGCUGAAUUAGAAAGAGAUGUCGAACGUGUUCGCCAAAGAGAAGAUCUCUUAGCGAAGGCUGAUUCUAUGAAGAAAAAGUUACCAUGGUUGAAGUAUGAUAUGAAGAAGGUAAAAUAUCAAGAAGCCAAAAAACAGGAAGAUGAUGCGAAUCUGAAGCUAAAAGAAGCUGCUAAGGACCUGAAUGAUCUUAAAGUACCUAUUGAGAAACAAAGAGAGGAGAAAGGAAAGCAGGAUGCUAAAUUUAAAAAGAUGAAUGGUUUGCUAGAUAGUAAUAUGAAGAAGCGUAUGCAUCUUAUGGAAAAUUAUGACCGCUUGGGAGCUCUGAUCCAAGGGAAAUUUCGUGAAGUGGAUGAUUUGAAGCAUCAUGAAAAAUCUCGCCAACAAAGACUCUCUAAAGCUAAAGAAGAUCUCGCCACUGCAGAGACUGAAUAUGCAAAUCUCGUUCCGUAUGAACCCCCGAAGGAUAGGAUGAAACAAUUAAGCGCACAAAUCGUGGAGCUUGAAGAGGCUGCUAAAGAGAUCAGAUAUGAGAAAAGGGAAAAUGAGAAGCAGAUAAACAAUCAUAGAACGAUGCUGACGCAGUGUAUGAACAGGUUGAAAGAAAUGGAGAACGUAAACAAUAAGUGUUUGCAAGCAUUAAAGAAUUCUGGUGCUGAGAAGAUAUUUGGGGCUUACCAAUGGGUUCAGGACCAUCGUGCCGAGUUCAAAAGGGAAGUGUAUGGUCCUGUAUUGCUUGAGGUCAAUGUAACCAAUCGGCUGCAUGCAGGCUACCUAGAGGGUCAUGUUGCCCAUUACAUAUGGAAGGCUUUUAUUACUCAGGACUCCGAGGACCGUGAUUUACUGGUUAGAAACCUAAGGUCCUUUGAUGUUCCUGUAAUUAAUUACGUCAUGACUGGGAACCACCAGAGUGGCUCCUUCCAGGCAACCGAUGAGAUGCGUAAACUUGGCAUAUCUUCCAGGCUUGAUCAGGUGUUUGAAGCUCCUCAUGCUGUCAAAGAAGUUUUGAUCAGCCAAUUUUAUUUGGAUCAAUCAUAUAUUGGGUCAAAAGAGACCGAUGAGAGAGCUGAUAUGGUAAAUGAAUUGGGAAUCGCAGACCUGUGGACCCCAGAAAAUCAUUAUCGUUGGUGCAGGUCCCGCUACGGGGGUCAUGUAUCUACAAAUGUUGAAACCGUAGAACAGUCUCGCCUACUUUUAUGCAAUUUGGAUGUGAAGGAAAUUGAGGUUGUAAGAUCGAAGCAAAUCGAGCUGGAAGAUAAAAUUUCUACUAUAGAUGUUACUUUAAAAUCUCUUCAAGCUACCUUAAGACAGAAAGAAGAUGAAGCUGCGGAGCUUCAACAUGAAAGGGAGAAGAUUGUUAACAUCAUUCAAAAGGAGAAGAGGAAAUGGAGGGACAUGGAACAUUUUGUCAAUCAAAAAAGAAUAAAGUUGAAGUCAAUAGAAAGUGAGGAUGAUCCAGAUGCUGCCAUAGAUAAGCUCACUGAGCAGGUUAAAGAUUUGAAGGUUCAGCGCUUCCAAUGUAUAUUUGAACUUAAGAAUUUACUUAUAGAUGCUGUUGCUUAUCGGAGAAGUGUCGCUGAAAAUAACAUGAGUUCCAUUGAACUUGACGCUAAGAUUAAGGACAUGGAGUCCAAUGCAAAGCAACAAGAGAAGUUAGCCUUGCAAGCAUCGUUAUUCCUUGACCACUGUAAAAGUGCCUCAGAUAAUUGCCGAAAGGAGUUGCAGGAUGCCAAGAGAUAUGCAGAAUCAGUUGCUAUUAUUACGCCUGAGCUUCAGCAGGCCUUCCUGGAGAUGCCUACUACUGUUGAAGAACUGGAAGCUGCCAUCCAGGAUACGAUAACUCAAGCAAAUGGCAUUCUGUUCCUUAACCAUAAUAUUCUGGAGGAAUAUGAAAACCGUCAAAGAAAAAUUGAAGCACUUACUAACAAGCAAGAGGCUGAUGAAAAGGAAUUAAAAAGCCUGUUAGAUGAAAUCGAUGCUCUGAAGGGAAGUUGGCUCCCAACAUUGAAAAGCCUCGUGGCUCGGAUUAAUGAAACAUUUAGUUGUAAUUUCCAAGAAAUGGCUGUUGCAGGCGAAGUAUCAUUAGAUGAACAUGGCACAGAUUUUGAUCAAUAUGGAAUAUUGAUAAAAGUGAAAUUCAGGCAAACUGGACAGCUGCAAGUUUUAAGUGCUCACCACCAAUCUGGAGGGGAGCGUUCUGUUUCAACCAUUCUCUACCUUGUUUCUUUGCAAGACCUGACAAACUGCCCAUUUAGGGUGGUUGAUGAGAUAAAUCAAGGCAUGGACCCCAUAAAUGAGAGGAAAAUGUUUCAGCAAUUGGUGAAAGCAGCCAGCAGGCCAAACACACCGCAGUGCUUUCUGCUCACCCCUAAAUUGCUGGCAAACCUAGAAUACAGCGACGCAUGCAGCAUUCUGACUGUGAUGAACGGUCCUUGGAUCGAUCAGCCUUCAAAAGUGUGGAGUGGUGGUGAAAACUGGUCUUCAAUCAGAAUGCAGUUGGAGAAUAACUGUUGCUAAGGGCUGUAAGUUGUCUUAUUAUAUUCCUUUUUGGGGUGAAAAUACACUGAAAAGAGGCAGUACCAUUUCAUGUCACUAUUAUUUUGCUUGGCAAUAGGCAUGUGGAGUAUGUUAUAAUUAUUCAAUCUUGUCGAAAAGAGGCAGUAUCAAUCUCGAUUGCAUGGAUUUAUUGUA